AAAGGAGACGAAUUACAGCAGCGCACAACAUCACGUGACUUGAUUUGACGUUUGCAUCAUGGCGGAAGCGGUUGUAGAAACAUCAUUUAUGGACCCUUUCAAAGAUGUUCUGGUUAAUUAUUUAAUGCCAGAAAAAUGUUACGACGAGUUCUUUUUACAGUUCAAUCUUCUGCACGUGGAUUGUCUGAAGAUUGUAAUCAGCAAAGGCCUGGGCAUUGGGAUUAUUCUUGGUUCUGUAUUAGUAAAACUACCUCAGAUUCUAAAGCUGAUUGGUGCCAAAAGUGCUGAGGGGCUGAGCUUUAACUCCGUGCUACUGGAGCUGUUUGCUAUCACAGGCACCAUGGCCUACAGUAUUGCCAACAGCUUCCCUUUCAGUUCCUGGGGUGAGGCACUUUUCCUCAUGCUUCAAACUGUAACGAUUGGUUUUCUCAUACAGCACUAUGGAGGAAACACCAUCAAAGGUUUGGGGUUUCUGGCAGUCUAUUGUGGUCUGCUGGCAGUCGUACUAUCUCCCGUGACCCCAGUGUCUGUUGUUACUACCAUGCAAGCCUCUAAUAUGCCAGCCAUCAUCUUUGGACGGUUAAUUCAGGCUGGUACCAACUACAGAAAUGGUCACACUGGACAGCUAUCAGCUAUUUCAGUGUUUCUGCUGUUUGCAGGCUCCUUAGCACGCAUAUUCACUACAGUGCAGGAAACGGGAGAUUCCCUCAUGGCUGUCACCUACAUCAUUUCUUCUUUCUGUAAUGGUGUGAUUGCAGCUCAGGUCCUCUACUACUGGAACAGCAGCCCUGCCCUCAGGAAGAAGACUGAGUAGAUCCGAACAGCAGGCAAAUUCAGUGACCACUCAGUUUGACAAAGUGCACUGGACAGCCGAUCGGGGAAUUAGAUGUACUUUAAUCAAAAUGACGGUUCUUGUGAAAUUAAGCUCUGGUCCUUGGUCACUUGUUAAAAAGCAUUUAUUGUUAACAUAUCAGUGCUUACUUGAGAGGCAGGCACAAAUACUGCAUAAUGAACAUGUAUUCCAGGUGCCCUGAAGUGGACCAAAAAGCCAGUAUGGUGAGGGGUGCUUCUAUAAUUAUUGAACUUUUUACCCCUUUUUAUGGUAGUGGGCUAUUUAUUUAGGCUGGUAAAAAAUUUUUUGCAUCCUUUUUUUUUUUAGCUCAGGGAAGGGAAUAGUGUCCAUUGUAUUCAACCAUAAAUUUACAAACAUUAUGUAAUAAAUCUUCAUAUAUUAUUGCUGACAUACUGUCUUACAGUCUUAUUGCUCACUUUACCCUGGCUCACUGAAUAGUCACUAAAACACAUGUAGCCAUUUUGAAUUCAACAAUUCUGUGAAAAAAAGUCUGCAAAGAUUUUUGUAAAUAUACAUUUCAGAAUUGUGAAAAUGACCAAAAUACUUUAAAAGUGCACAAAUGAAAAUAUGUGUCAUCAUAUGCUACAGGCAGCCCUACUAGAACAACUAUUAUCCCCGCAAGAAAUUAUUAGUUUUUUGUUCUUUGUAGACAAAUCCAACCAGAUGGACACUAUUUCAGUCUUCCAGAGUCUUCCAGAACGUUGCCCAUGUUGCUUCACACUCUAGAAAAGACAUUCUGUUGCAUUUGACAAAACAAAGGUUUUUCUUUAGGUUAUGUAUAGAUACUAGUGAAUCAAUUACUGUUGUAUUUCUUAAGUUGCAAUGGUCAUGCAAUAGUACAUGUAGCCAUGCUGUUGAGUGUAAUCAUUACUAAUGGGAAAUUGGUAAAAAUAGAAAUUUACUACAAAGCACCCAUCAAAAGCAAGUUUCAAGCUGUCUGCAGGUAAAAGGACAAUUUUAUUUGAAUGAUGGAAAUUGCAUAUUUGCACACAUUACAUUUGUGAAUUUAUUUUCCAUUUUUUGCUUGUGAACAUCUGUUGUUCAUUGUUGGUUUAUUUCAUGAAUGAACUAUUACAAAUGACUGUGAUUGUUUUUUUUUCUUCCAUAUCUAAAUUUGCAGUGUACUUCUGACCACUGAGUAAAACAUUUCCAUCAGAUAAUUUGUAGUGUUUGUUGUGUGAACGGCUUUAAAAAAGACACAAACAGUUGUAGGAAAAAAAAGCAUUUAAAUAAAUAAACUGUUUUAUUCUUAUAUGAAGCUGUGUUUUUGCAUUUAUCCAUUAUGGAUGG